UCCGAACAAAACGAAAUGGAAAUUGGCCUGAUAGGGCUAGGAGAGAUGGGUUUAAUGUAUGCUAAGAGAAUUGCAAAUGCCGGGUGGAAAAGUGUGAAUGUAUGCGAUCUGCCCUCACGUUAUGACGAACUAAAAGAAAAAUUGAAAGGUAGUGGUUUGAAAGUUCUUCGCGAUGGACAUGCUGUAUCAAGAAGGAGUGAUUUUAUCAUUUAUUCUGUUGAAGCCGAGAAUAUUGACAGGGUAGUGGCUGAAUAUGGUCCUUCUUCCAAAGUUGGCUCUAUAGUAGCUGGUCAG